GCGGCCUCGCGUGUGGAGGGCUUUGCGACCACUGCGCGACUCGGCGACCCCCAGCUGCUUCGGCCACCAUGCCGCGCUCUUUCCUUGUUAGGAAGUCGGCGUGCUCCCGCCGGAGGCCCAAUUACAGCGAGCUGCACGACUCUUCUCCAGAGUUCACCUUCCAGCAGCCCUACGACCAGGCCCACCUGCUGGCGGCCAUCCCACCUCCUGAGGUCCUCAACCCCACGGCCUCCCUGCCCACACUCAUCUGGGACUCUCUCCUGGCACCCCAAGCCCAGCCUGUCGGCCGGGCCUCUCUUCUGGCCCAGGAGAUCCCCAAGGCUGUGGAGCUGACCUCCCUGUCGGAUGAGGACAGUGGGAAAGGCUCCCAGCCCCCUAGCCCGCCCUCGCCGGCGCCUUCGUCCUUCUCUUCCACCUCAGCCUCUUCCCUGGAGGCGGAGGGUUAUGCUGCCUUCUCAGGCUUGGGCCCGUUGCCUGGGCUCAAGCAGCUGGCCGGGCUCUCCGGGGCCAAGGACCCCCAGUCUCGCAAGGCCUUCAACUGCAAAUAUUGCAACAAGGAGUACAUCAGUCUGGGUGCCCUCAAGAUGCACAUCCGGAGCCACACGCUGCCCUGCGUCUGCAGCACCUGCGGGAAGGCAUUCUCUAGGCCCUGGCUGCUACAGGGCCACGUCCGAACUCACACCGGAGAGAAGCCCUUCUCCUGCCCCCACUGCAGUCGCGCCUUCGCAGACCGCUCCAACCUGCGGGCACACCUCCAGACGCACUCGGACGUCAAGAAGUACCAGUGCAAGACGUGCUCCCGGACCUUCUCCCGCAUGUCCCUGCUCCACAAGCACCAAGAGUCGGGCUGCUCGGGGGGCCCCCGUUGACCCUCAAGUCUCCUUCCGCCUCUUCAGACCCUCCCCUGCAGUGGGCCCCCCCCAACUCCGGAAGGAAGGACCCCCACGUCCUCCUCGCCACCAUGGAAUUCCCUUCUGAGCUCCGAUUCUGGCUGCGUUGGCCCCACAGGAUGCUGAGGACACUUUUCCAGUUGUCUCUGAAAGAGGCCUUUCUGUAGACAUUUCUGUGGACGGCUGAUGGGAGGGUGGCUUGCAGUGGAGACCCCAGCCGCUGCCCCCAGCAUUCCGGAGCUGGCCUUUCUAUGUGGGUUUGUGUAUCCAAAGCUUGGAUACAGCUGCUUCGAGCUGCAGAACAAAAACCGACUAGGCUGAUAGGAGUCUCCCACCCACUCAGGAGACCCCACUCCUUGCCCCAAGAAUCCUUCAGGCCGCCCCUCCAGGAGGUGUGACUGACUGAGUAAUCCACCCCCAGGGGCACCUGGGGGGCCUGCCAGGGGUCCUCACUGACGCGAGGACGCGUCUAGACCCCAGGAUGCCUGGGCAGCUAUUUCAGCCUCCUGUUUGUCACGGUGGCACCUGUUUCAUGGGCGAUUUAACAGCAUCUCAGAAGGGAAUGUGAGUAAUUGCCAUCACUUGUCCUGGGCCCAAGUAGGGUGCUUGGGCCCUACCAAUGUGUCUCCCAGAACUAUUUUCGGGGCCCGACAGGUGGGCCCAGGAGGAAGAUGUUUACAUUUUUUUAAAGGUACACUGGUAUUUAUAUUGCAAGCAACAUUUUGUACUAGGAAACGUUUUGUAUAGUUAUAUGUACAAUUUAUUGAUAUUCAAUAAAGUGGUUAAUUUAUAUAUAA